AUGUGGAAGAGCCUCAUCACCAGCGGCCAGCAGGCCACUAGGCGCAUUUGCCACCAACCGCCCAGCCUCUGGACACCGCCCCUAGGUCCAGCAAUGAAACUCCCAUUUAGCACCUCAUCGCGACCUCAGAAAGAUGCCGACAAUUCAAAUCUCAAAGACCGUGAGACGCUGAACCCCGAGCGAACAGAGGGCACCAAGUCCGGGACCGAUAGUGAGGUAGCCCAACAUCCGACGGCGUAUGAUCCGCACAAUACUGCGCCGGAAAGCGAGAUGGAGGCUGCAGGGAAGGAAAAGCAUGAGGAGGGCCAGGAUCGCAACCCUUUGAACAUGAGCGCUGCCAAUUCCGAUGUCAGUGCGUGGCGAGAUUCGAAAGAGGGGGGACCUGAUCGGAAUGUCGAAAAACCGAAUAUAAGCGGGCGAGGAUCAUCGAAGAAGAACCGGUCGAUACAUGUGAAGGAGGAUGGCACUCACGUCUCUUAUAAAGACUGA